AUGGGAUAUGUGCUAGACUGGUACAGCAAUCCCUCCAACGACACCUCCGAGCCGAUGUAUGUCAUCGAUAUCGGCGCAGGCUUCGGCAAACUCAGCUACCUCAUCAUGUACAGCCUGUUAGAAAUGAAAGAGCACUGGCCGUCGAGCGACCACCCUCCCUUCGUCUACGUGGUUUCCGACUGCUGCAAGGACUACGUCUCGCUGUGGCAGCGCGACCCCUACCUCUCCCAAUUCGCCCGGAUGGGCUACCUCGACUUCGCGGUCUUCGACUGCGCUGCAGACACCGAUUUAAUCCUUCUAAACUCCCAUCUCUCCAUCUCGCCCGACUCCCUUCUCAUCCCUCCCUUCUUCCUCUGCAGCUGCGUGCUCUCCACGCUCCCCCAGGACGUCAUCAAGGUCGAGCAGACCCUCUCCCGCGGGAAUCUCUCCGUCUACCAGGCGCCCUCCUCGCUCGACUUCCAGUAUUUCCCUUUUUUUUGUUUCAACAAAUCAGUUUUUCCUGGGAAUACGAGGGAAUUGCCGACCCCGAGUCGCUUCCCUGGUGGCCGCUUUUCGGCCCCUCCAUCCACACUUCCCAGUCGCCCUACGCGCGAAUCCUCACCAUCCCCGCGGUGGCCGGCUCCUUCCUCACCAACGCCCUCGCCUGGAGCGAAAACCGCGGGAUUUUCCUCAUCGCCGACGAGGGCGUUUUCUCGGCGGAGGACCCUCGGUUAA